CAGGGAAGCCCUAAUAAUGUUCUUUAUAGCAUUUUUUUCUUUGGUACAGGAUGCAAUCUAGGAUCAUCUAUUGCAGUCGGUUGUCAAGUCCUCUUUCAUCUGGAACAUAUCCUCAACCUUUCUUUGUUUUUUAUGACAUUGAUAUUUUUUUUAAUUCAUGACUUCCUCUAAUAAGAAUAAAAUAAUAAUUGAUAUCUGUCGAGCACUUAGUAGGUGUUUAAGUACUUGACAUAGACUAUUUCAAUUAAUCUUCACAACAAUUCUACAAGGUAGAUAAUAGUAUUGUCCCCAAUUCAUAAAUGGUAAGUUCCCUGUCUCCAGUCAGUAAAUAUCUCGAGUCGAGAUCAAGGAACCAGUCCAUCUGGCUCCAGAGCCAGUGUUUUAACUGCUUCGGUGACAUGUGCAUUGUCACUGGUGGAUCUUUGCAAUCCUGAACCAGUGCAGGAUCAUUUGCAGAUAGAGUUUGCUGCAGAAAGGAAAUAAGGAAGUAAAGUCGGUAAUCUGGAUGCAGCCUGAGGAUCCCUGGCAAAUUAAAAAUUGAUCUCUGCUCCAUAUGUGCUGGAACACAGGACUAGCCCCUUCAGGUCUCUGUACCUGUUCCCUCCUCUCUAAAAUGUCAGUGGUCAUACUGCCAUUCAUUCAACAAUAAGUAUUCAAGUGCCUGCUGCCUCCCAGUCAUUGACCUUGGAAAGAAUGACAUAAUACUGCCUUUAUUAUUAUAAAAUGUGGAACAGUACAAUGAAAAAUGUGAUUAUUCUCUUUGAAUAGUGACUCACUGGAGUGUUGGAGGCUUUGUUUUGGCGUUAUCUUCUCUCUUCACAUUGACUUUACAUUUGGCCAGUGAGGAAAUCCUCCCAGGUAGGAUGAGAAGUGGUGUUCCUGGAAAGUUGUUUGGUUUGUGAGUCGCAGUGGUGAAGGUUAAGUAAAUCUAGGUUUGUCAGUAUGAGAAACAUUACCUUUCUUAAAGAAACAACCUGUUUUCGUUAUCACUAUUCUAAGAGAGAAUCCAAAAUAGCUUUAAAAACAGUCUAAUUACCGUCAGUGUCUUUGAGUCAAGUAGCUUUGUCCCCAGAUGACCUGUAUGGAAACCAGAGACCAAGAAAGGUAAGAGCAAGUGUGAAGGAACUUACAGAAAACUGUUUACACCAUGAUGGGCCAUUUGCUUUUGAUUUUUGUAUUUCAAACAAAUGCAAGAAUUCUGUCCUAGGUUAAAUACCGGUCUUUGUUAUCUGUAGGGUAACAUGCUUUUAUCAUCAUGUUCUUCCCUCUAGAGUUUUUAAUGACUGAAAUGAUGAUAAUAACAACUACUAAAGCAAAUAAUACUAACAAUAGCAAACACCUGUAUCCUGUUUACUCUGUGCCAGACACUGUUCCAAGCACUCUACAUAGAUUGACUGAAUGAAAUCUCACACCAAGCCUGUGAGUUAGGUAUUAUUAAUAUGAGGACGCAGGCGAUUUCUUGAUAGAGUAAUAGUGUGCAUUUUGGCCUCAAAGAAAAGUUUCUGCUUGGGUCCACUAAAACCCAGAUGUAAUGUGGAGGCUUAACUAAACAAGAGUUUCUAAACAUUUUGAUGCUUUAACAUUUUCUGUUACAUCCCCUAUGCCAGAAACUCUACCUCCAGUGAAUUGUUGGAAGAAAGCGUAGUUGCAUGUUAUUAAGUAUGUCUGCCAUGAGCGUAUUUAAUUUCUCAGAGCUUCUAGUGAUGCCUCAUGGAACUCUGGGUUUAUAGCAUGUUAGCAAUUCCUCACUAGAAGACACCUGGUAGCUGGCCCAGCCCCCUCAGAAAAAUGAGGUGAAGAGAGCAGACUCGAUGUGGAUAAAGUCAUGCAGCAAAUCAACAACAGACCCAGGCCUUACACCCAGGACUUCUACCUCCUAACCUAGAGCUUUUUAUUUUUUUUUAAUCAUUGUACUUAGCUGCCUUGUUAGACACAGUUAAGAAACCUAUGAAGUGCGCUGUUCAGCUGGAGUAGAAAAGUGAAAUGGAUAGUUAUAGCUAUUAACCCAGUUCAUAAAUUCCACUGGAUGGAAGCUCUUAUUCACUCUUACUUGGAAAAAUAGCCAAAGCGAAGAGAAAUUGAGGGCAGAGCAUCACAGCACAGUUGUUACAGUUGAAUGAAUGAAAGAAAUAAUAAAAUGGAAACAGAGUUUAAGAUAUUCUAGUAAGAGUGUGCCAGCACCAGGGAAUAUUGAGUCUUAAGCCUAAUAAAGCAGGUUGAGGUGGUAGGUACUCUGCUCCAGACCUUGAACUUUGACAGCAGCAGGCCUGUAAAUGUGAAGUGAUAAUCAGUUUGCAAAUGUUCUGGCUGCAGCUGUACCAGAUGGGAUUCAGUGAUUCCCAUUCAGCUAACACCAAAUGAAUAUUUGUCACAUACUUGACACUGAUGAUGGUGGGACGAGACACAGUUCCUGCCUAUUAAGGAGAGUCGGAAGUAGCCACAGGAGGAAAAUAGCUACAAGGGUCUAAGUGCUAUUGUGCAGAUACAAGAAAUGUGCUGCAGGUGUACAAAGAAGAGUGUCCUUAGCUCUGGCCACGGCGUAGAGGGAAGGCUUCCUGGAGAAGCUAGCAUUUUCGAGAAAUGCCAUCAGUGAGAAGUAAAAUGUUGGCGAAGAGAGAAGCCUAGAGGGAAGGGUAAGCGCACCAGUUGGGAUCUGGGGUUCGGUGGAAUUGGAAGGGUUGGAGCAGACCCCUUUCUUCUGUCCUCUAUCCUCACCCCCACCUGUCCCCCUUCCAGCAGAUGGGAGUUAACGCUCAAGGAGAAUCUAGUUUGCCUGCGGUAAAGGAGGAGGCUCACAGACAACUAAAAAGGCUGAUUUCAAAAAUAUUUUAUUUAAAACAAAGACAGAGGAACAAUAAUAAUAGCAAACAUUUGAAUGCUGUGCUAAGCACUUUAAUAAGAUUAAUCCUGUUUCAUCUUCAAGCAACCCUAUGAGGUGCUGCCUCUUUACCCGCACUCCAGUGACACAAAAUGCCCUUCAAUGGUGAGAAGCAGUGUGUGGGCGAGGACCAGCCAAGUGAUUCAGACUCUUCCCGGUUUUCCGAAAGCAUGGCUUCGCUCAGUGACUAUGACUGCUCCAGGCAGAGCUUUACAAGUGACUCUUCUAGCAAAUCCAGCUCUCCUGCUUCAACAAGCCCUCCCAGGGUUGUAACAUUUGAUGAAGUGAUGGCUGCAGCAAGGAACUUAUCAAACAUGACUCUUGCUCAUGAGAUUGCUGUAAAUGAGAACUUUCAAUUGAAACAAGAUGCCCUUCCUGAGAACAGCUUGGCCGGUAGAGUGAGGCACAUUGUCCACCAGGCCUUCUGGGACGUCUUGGAAUCAGAACUGAAUGCUGAGCCCCCUGAGUAUGAACACGCCAUCAAACUGUUUGAAGAAAUCAGAGAGGUUCUCCUCUCUUUUCUGACUCCUGGUGGCAACCGGCUUCGCAACCAGAUCUGUGAAGUUUUGGAUACAGACCUCAUUAGGCAGCAGGCUGAGCACAGUGCUGUCGACAUCCAAGCCCUGGCCAACUACGUCAUCAGUACGAUGGGAAAGCUGUGCGCUCCUGUGCGAGAUGAUGAUAUCAGAGAGUUAAAGGCUACCUGCAACAUCGUGGAUGUGCUGAGACAAAUAUUUCAUGUCCUGGAUCUCAUGAAAAUGGACAUGGUCAAUUUUACGAUUAGGAGUCUGAGACCACAUCUCCAACGCCAGUUGGUAGAUUAUGAGAGAACCAAGUUCCAAGAAAUUUUAGAAGAAACUCCGAGUGCUCUUGAUCAAACUACAGAAUGGAUAAAAGAAUCUGUACAUGAAGAAUUACUUUCUCUUUCUGAGACUGCUUUAACUCCCGGGGCCAAAAACAGCUCCAAGCCAAGCCUGAGCCCUACAUUGGUGCUAAAUAAUAGUUAUUUGAAAUUGCUACAGUGGGAUUAUCAGAAAAAAGAAUUACCAGAGACACUCAUGACAGAUGGAGCACGUCUUCAGGAACUGACAGAAAAGCUGAAUCAACUGAAAAUGAUUGCCUGCCUGUCCCUAAUCACCAACAACAUGGUGGGUGCUAUGACAGAAGGCCUACCUGAGCUUGCAAUCAGGGUAAAAAAGAUUUCAGCUGUUCUACUUGACGGCAUGAACAAAGAGACCUUUAACUUGAAGGAAGUCCUAAAUUCUAUCGGUGUUCAGACUUGUGUUGAGGUAAACAAGACCCUGAUGGAGAGAGGUUUACCUGCUCUAAAUGCUGAGGUUCAAGCUAAUCUUGUAGGUCAGUUCUCAAGCAUUGAAGAGGAGGACAAUCCUAUCUGGUCCUUGAUUGAAAAACGAAUCCAGCUAUACAUGAAAAGCCUGCUUUGUCUGCCAAACCCUCAAAAAUGCAUGCCUGCCGUGCCAGGAGGCCUCACUGUCGUUCAGCAGGAGCUAGAGGUGCUAGGCUCGCAAUAUGCAAGCAUUGUGAAUCUCAACAAACAAGUGUAUGGACCAUUUUAUGCAAAUAUACUUCGAAAGCUGCUCUUUAGUGAGGAAGCCACGGGGAAGGCGGAAGCUUCAUCAUCUACUAACUAAAGAGGAACUGACAUUGGAUAAGAGAUUGGAAGCCCAGCACUUAGGUACCCAGUCUGUUUCCAUCAAUGGCAUUUCAGAUGCAGCACGUCCUCAGUCCUGUGUGUGGCACAGCGUUAGCCCGAAUCUGUAUAAUCCAGUAAUAUUAGCAUUGCAAAGACAUGCACGUCGUAAUGACCCUGUUUGUGCACUAUCUACAAGUCCAAAAGAGAUGUUUUUAAUGAACAGCAAGCAAUUUGUAAUUAAUUAUAUUACCUAUAUAAUACUUGUAAAUGUUUUCUUAAGCAUAUAUAUCUGGCUUAUUCAUUCAACCUGUAAGGAGUUGUGUUUCACAUCAAAUCUAAUGAUUUUUUUUAACUUUGGUACAGCUUCUUAAGGGGUUGAAAGUUGUGAACAUAACCAAGGGGAUUGAUGUUCUGAAUAAAUGAUGUGAAGUAAGGGAUAAUCGUAUUUUAAAUGUACAAUUAAAUUUUAUUAAUGUGUAAUAGGAGCUUACGUAGUAUAAGUCCUCAAAUUCUACAAAUAUACCAAAUCACACUUUGUGAUACCAAUUGUCAGUAUUUGUUUAGAAUUUCAAUGUAUUAAAUACAUUUUAAAGCUACAUACAAAUUUUAGAUAAAACCUCCCUUGUUCAUUUAGUGAAAAUAGAAACAAACCCCUUCUAAAAUUUUAUUCUAGAGGGUGGAUUCUUCUCACUUAUCCUGCUCUCUGAGGGAAACAGUUUUUGCACACAUCUCUUCGUGAAUGUCCCUGCAUUUCUCAGGCCACUGAUAAGGUUUAUAUAAGAUUUUAAUAUUUUUACAUAAGGCAGGAGUGGUUUGAAUUGUUUUACUUGUAAGAAGAAAAAUUGAUAAAACAAGAUCCCCAUUCUCAGUGAAAUUCAUGUCUGAAAAAGAAACAGUUGAACUCUGGAAUUUUUAACCAUAUAAUGUGCUAGCAAACGCCUUCUGCGCUGAUUAAAUUCUUACCUGCUGUGACCAAGAUGCUCUUCUAAGUAUCAUCAUCAUUUGCCACUCUUAUGCAUUUAAUUAAACUUUGCCAAGCUGGCGCUGGUUGUCAGGAUUCUAGAGAAGUCUGCAUACUGUCCUGGAAUUACAUACUUCUUCCGAAAUGUUAAGUGAAGCACUACCUUUUGGACGGACUCAGCCUGGAAAGUGCUUUAUUUGCAUGAAAUGCAUUUUGAUUGUUUGGUUUUCUGAGGACUCAUUGAACCUUAGUAAUUUGAUGGGGAAGAGUGGGUAGGAAGUAAAAAAUAAUGCUCCUUUCUUCCUCUCUUCCUCACCACGACCUUCACCAUUAUGGUGCUACCUAAUUAUUUGAUAAAGUUCUAGGAAAUGAUUGUGUGAGUAAAUUAUCUCCGGUCUUUACAUUUUGGAGGGAUCUGCCAGAAUUCGAGGAAAUUUUGAAAGUCAGUUUUUUUUUUUCUCAUGUGACCAAUACAUAAAUCAGCCAUUCUGUCCAUUUGAGCAGCUGUGUAUAAAUGGAAUUUUACUGAAGAGCACAUCAUUGGUCUCACCCAUUGUUUCCCUCUUCCUGUAUUUCCAUUCUGCCUGUUUCCUAUGCUUAGAAACCAAAAGGUGCUGUAGAUUUUUGUUUUCAUUUUCUCUUACGUUGAAGUAGUUUUCAACUGUGUUCACUUUGGGGCCUGGACAGCAGGGAGGGUGUGACAUAGAAAUGUAAUGUGUAGCAUAACUUUUUGUUGCUUUCUGAGGUGAACUGUAUAUUUAACCAGAAGACCAGGUGAUACCCUUUUUUAUUAUCAGAUUGGAAUCCGUCUGGUAUUCUUAUAUACUUGAUUAUACUGAGUUGCCAGCAGGAAAACAAUGUGCAAACAUUUUUAAAAAAUGCAUUUAAAAUGAAGGGCAUUCUGCCUUUUUUUUUUUUUUUUAAAGUGACAAAGUAAAUCUCAAUGUCUGAAGUCUGGAUUUAGGCAACUACAUUUAUUAGGAUUUUAAAAUCCUAUCCCUUAGCGUGUUGUUUACUUGGUUUUUACUGAAAUGUUUACUUUUACUUUUGAGAAUUUUCUUAACAUGGUCUUGUUUCGUAAUGUCAAUUUUAUUAAACACCAUACACACAUUUUCAUUCUUCUUCUGCUAAAACAUGUAUUGUGUGCACUAGUUAAAUUUUAAAACAUUAAAAAUUAUUUCAAGA